UUUAUUAUUCAAAUUGGACUUUUUUUUUGUUUUUUUUUUGUUUUGUGGUUCUGAAUUAUUGUCCCUCUCAAAGCUUUUAAUUUUGUUUACUGUAUUUGUAAAAUCAAAUUUCACUAAGAAUUCUAGGGUUUCAUUCUUUUUGCUUUUUCAAAUUAGUGUAAAGCUGUAAAUGGUGUAAUUGUUUGUGACUGUUGACAAUGGCGGAAUCGAAUCACGAAGCUUCGAUUUACAAUAGCAACAUUCAACAACAACAGCAGCAGCAGAAUGAAAUUGAGGAUGAAGACGACGACGUUGUGGGGGGAGACGAGGAGUCUAUAGACAAUCCCCAAUUGCGAUUCGUACCGGUGUCGACGCUAAACGGUGCCGUCCAAGAAGUUGCUCCCAAUGCCGUGUUUGUGCCCGGUGGCUCGGAUUAUCCUCCGGUGAACACCGGGAACGGUGGCUCUGACCAGCUCACGCUCUCGUUCCAGGGCGAGGUUUACGUGUUCGACGCUGUCUCGCCCGAUAAGGUACAGGCAGUUUUGUUACUUUUGGGUGGAUAUGAAAUCCCUUCUGGCAUUCCUGCUGUGGGAACAAUCCCUCUUAAUCAAAGGGGUAUGAAUGACUUUUCUGGAAGGUCAAUUCAACCACAGAGAGCUGCUUCCUUAAGCCGAUUCCGGGAGAAGAGAAAAGAGCGAUGUUUUGAUAAGAAGAUCCGUUACAACGUGCGGAAGGAAGUUGCACUCAGAAUGCAGCGAAAGAAGGGUCAGUUUACCUCAUCCAAAGCCAUAUCUGAAGAACUGGGCUCAGAUUCUUCAGUUUACAGUACGACACAAGGUUCUGGACAAGAUGACAGCAUGCAAGAGACAAUAUGUACACACUGUGGAAUUAGUUCAAAGUCUACUCCGAUGAUGCGUCGUGGGCCAGCUGGUCCGAGGACUCUGUGUAAUGCAUGUGGACUCAAGUGGGCCAACAAGGGAAUUUUAAGAGAUCUGUCUAAGGUUUCAAAUGUGGCUAUCCAGGAUCCUCCUGUGAAGCUAAUUGAACAGAAUAAUGGUGAAGCUAAUGACUUAGUCAUGGUAACCACAACUACAGACAUUGUCCCCUCCUCUAAUGGCGAUAUCUCUGCUGUAACUGCCGAAAGGUGAGUGAAAAGUUGCAUCUCCUGCAGCAGUUGCUGUGCCAUUUGUUGUUUUAGAGAAAAAUGUUAAAUAGAUCUGAAUUCAAUGUAGUAACUUUCAACUUACUUUGACCAGGUGUAGAUAUAUAUAUUCGUGCCCUCAAUAGGUGUACUAUUCUUCAUACUUAUUACUUCUGUAAUUUGGGUAUAGUAGAGCAUGGGCCAUUAUGAUUGUCAUCUAAAUUUUGUCAUUUGUAUUAUAUCUCCGCAAUGAAAAAAGCAGAAAUUGCCAAUUUUUUUUCCCC